UCAAAAGAUGAUUAAGUAUUAACAUUGAUGGACAAGGAUAAUUUCACGACGAAGUAAUAAUCGAAUCGACGAAUUGUUCUUAAUAUAUAUAUAUAUAUAUACGACAUCUUUUAUUGAUAUGCUUUUUUCGUAGCACAUAACCACGGUACGACUUUGACUCCAACACUGGAAAUUAAAUUUGCAUCACUGGAAAUUAAAUUUGCAUCACUGGAAAUUUGCAUCACUGGAAAUUAAAUUUCAAAUUUGGUGUUGAAAUAUUUAAAUUUUAACCAUUAGGUCACAGUAUUUUUCACUUUUUUGUAUUGAAAAAUGUAAGAUGUUGAUGAAAACACAAAUAUUUAUAAAAUUACUUUUACCUAGGAGCUUUUUUGUUAGAUAAAAAUCGUAUAUAUAUAUAUAUUUGUGUCAACUAUAUCAUUAACUUGAUUACACAAGAAUUUAUUUAGUAGACGUUGUCAAAAUAUUUGAAAAAAUCUUGUUGGUCAAGAAAUUGAAAAGGCAAGAUUGUUGCGUCCUCCUAUUAAUAGAAACUGAAAAUAAUAUUUGUUAAAUUUCCUCUGAUUUUUCCUAACUACGCGUAUUUGAGGAGUUAUAUAAGUAACAUCGUCUUAUGAUCUCUAUCUACGCAAAACAAACCUAAAGAAAGUCCAAAGAAAAAUAAAUAAUGAGUUACAAAAUCGCUAGAGCAUCGGAGUAUCUUGCCAUCACCGGUGGUGGAAUCAAAGACAUCAAGCUUGCCAAGUCUUCUUGGGUGCUUCCAUGGCAGUCUUGCACCGUCUUCGAUGUUUCUCCGGUCAACUACACGUUCGAAGUCCAGGCCAUGAGUUCCGAGAAGCUCCCUUUUGUUAUCCCCGCCGUUUUCACCAUCGGUCCACGUGUCGAUGACCCUCAUGCUCUCUUGCUGUACGCCAUGCUCAUGUCUCAACACGAUAAACACUCGAACCACGUCAACGAGCUUGUUCAGGGUGUUAUCGAAGGAGAGACUCGUGUUCUUGUUGCCUCCAUGACCAUGGAAGAAGUCUUCAAAGGAACAAAGGAGUUCAAGAAGGAAGUGUUUGAAAAGGUUCAGCUUGAGUUAAACCAGUUUGGUCUUGUGAUCUACAACGCUAAUGUUAAGCAGCUUGUUGAUGUCCCUGGACAUGAGUACUUCUCUUACUUGGGUCAGAAGACUCAGAUGGAAGCAGCUAACCAAGCCAAGAUCGAUGUAGCAGAGGCAAAGAUGAAGGGAGAAGUGGGUGCCAAAGAAAGGACCGGGCUCACAAUUCAGAAUGCAGCAAAGAUUGACGCAGAGUCAAAGAUCAUCUCCACUCAGAGGAAAGGAGAAGGGACAAAGGAAGAGAUCAAGGUGAAGAGUGAGGUCCAAGUCUUUCAGAAUGAGAAGGAGGCUCUUGUUGCUAAAGCUGACGCAGCACUUGCGAUUCAGAAGGCUGCUUUAACCAAAAGCUCUCGUGUGGCUGAGGUUGAAGCUGCCAAGGCAGUUGCUAUGAGAGAAGCUGAGCUUCAAACUCAAGUUGAGAAAAUGAAUGCUUUGACUCGGACAGAGAAGCUCAAAGCUGAGUUCCUCAGCAAAGCCACUGUUGAGUAUGAAACCAAGGUGCAAGAAGCAAACUGGGAGUUAUAUAACAAGCAAAAGAAAGCAGAAGCUGUUCUGUACGAGAAGCAGAAGCAAGCGGAGGCGACGAAAGCUGCAGCUGAUGCUGCCUUCUAUGCUAAACAGAGAGAAGCAGAGGGAAUUGUCGCGAUGGCCAAUGCUCAAGGGACUUAUAUCAAGACCCUCCUAGGCGCUGUUAACAACGACUACUCAGCAAUGAGAGACUUCUUGAUGAUCAACAAUGGGGUUUACCAGGAUAUCGCCAAGACCAAUGCUAUUGCCAUCAAGGACUUGCAGCCUAAGAUCAGUGUGUGGAACCAAGGUGGUGCCGAUCAGGGGAUGAGUGGUGGUGGUAUGAAGGAUAUUGCUGGACUCUACAAGAUGUUGCCACCGGUUCUUGAUACGGUUUAUGAGCAGACUGGGAUGCAGCCACCGGCUUGGAUUGGUACACUACGUGGUGCUGAGCCUAGCCGUUGAAAGGUCUAAAAGUGCUUUCUUUUAUUUUAUUUUAUUUUAUGCUUUUGGAGGAUAUCUUUUAUGCUUGUGACUUGGAAGUCAAGUCAGCGUUUGUAAAUAACUCCAGUUUCGUGAUUGAGAAAUAUGGGUUUUAAUCAGUCAGUGAAAUCGGUAUUUUAGUCUAAACUGUUAUUUUAGAAUUUUUAUAUUUUUCUAUGCAAUGUACCUUUAUAAUAUAUAUUAAUUCUAAUUAAUAAUAUCUUUAAAUCUA